UGGUUCUACCGAUUGAUAAAGCCACGCAGUUGCGAGAACAUUUCUGUUUCUUUUGGGUUCAUGAUCAUCAGCAAAAUAGCAGAGCGCUCUACGGGCAGAAGUUUGUUGUCUUUGUGGAUUCUCGAUCGGCCGCCAGUAGAAAGCUAGUGAUCUUCUAAGUAACAUUUUUUUGUGAUAUGUAGCUAGUGAAUGUCAGUUUUAAUAUGUUGAAGCUUUACAAUCCAGCUGUUCGUUUAAAUAUUACCAGAAAGUGUUCGAGUAAUGUGAUAUCACCGAAACCAUUCGAUAGCAUACCGGGACCACGGGGACCUUUCGGUUUGGGGAAUCUGUACCAAUACAUUCCAGGAAUCGGUAAAUAUAGCUUCGAUGCCCUACACGAGUCGGGCAGGGAAAAAUUCGAAAAGUAUGGACCGAUCGUCCGCGAAAUCAUGGUCCCCGGACAGAACAUCGUUUGGCUGUAUGAUCCCGAUGACAUUGCCGUGGUGCUCAAUGAUAAAACACCCGGCAUUUAUCCCGCGCGUAGAAGUCACCUAGCGCUAGCGAAGUAUCGACGAGAUCGACCCAAUGUGUACCGAACGGCGGGACUGUUGGCCUCCAACGGUAUUGAGUGGUGGAAAAUACGAUCUGAAUUGCAGAAAGGGCUCAGUUCUCCUCAAAGUGUGCGGAACUUUUUACCACUGACGGAUCAGGUCACGAGGGAAUUCGUUGCCAAUAUUAAGCCAACGGACAGUCGUGAUCAUGUCGCCGAUUUCAUGCCUGCCAUUUCCAGACUAAAUCUUGAGUUAACAUGUCUUUUGGCGUUCGACGUUCGAUUGGAUAGUUUCUCUGAUGAACAGAUGCAACCUACUUCCGUUUCCUCACGUCUCAUGGAAGCAGCCGAAGUAACCAACGAGAACAUCUUGCCAACUGAUCAAGGGCUUCAGUUGUGGAGAAUAGUUGAAACUCCAUCGUUUAGACAACUUCGGAAAGCGCAAGAAUUUAUGGAAAAAACUGCCGUCGAAUUAGUAUCCCAGAAAUUACUGUAUUUCGACGAAGACCGUCAAAAGUUGGCUUCUGGGCAGCAUAGAUCCAGAUCGUUACUUGAAGAGUAUCUCCGGAAUCCAAACCUGGAUCUCUACGACAUAACCGGAAUGGCGGCUGAUUUACUGUUGGCAGGUGUGCACACCACUUCCUAUACGAUUGCAUUCACUUUGUACUAUCUGUGUCUCAACCCCGAGGUUCAGAACAGGUUGCUUGAAGAAGCAACUAAAAUUCUUCCCAACCCUUGGAGUAUGAGUAUUGAAGCUAAUGCGUUGAACUCAGAGGCACCCUACUGUCGUGCUGUUCUGAAGGAAUCUCUCCGAUUGAAUCCUAUUUCUAUUGGAGUAGGCAGAGUUCUGAACAAAGAUGCAAUUCUCGGAGGGUACCGUGUGCCGAAGGGAACGGUUGUCGUAACGCAAAAUUUAGUAUCCUGCAGGCAGGAACAGUACUUCAAAAAUGCUUCCAAAUUUUUGCCCGAACGCUGGAUGCGAGACAACAAGCAGUCAGUGCAUCCUUACCUGGUGCUUCCGUUUGGGCAUGGUAUGAGGGCUUGCAUCGCUAGAAGGAUGGCGGAGCAGAACAUGCUGGUGUUGCUGCUGCGGUUAAUUCGAUCGUUUGAAAUUGAAUGGGCCGGAAGUGUUCCGAUGGAUAUUCAGACUAAGCUCAUUAAUCAACCUGACCAACCGAUUGCGAUCAAAUUUCAUGCCCGGCCGUAGGAUCACGUUGAAAGCAGCCUUUUCCAUAUAUAUUCUAGGAUUAUUUUGAGAAAUAAAUAGAGUAUUUGUUUGAAACUUGUAAUUUUAAGGUACGCUGCAAUAAAAGCUUGCUUGAAUCCAC